AUGGAGGUUCCCCAGGAGUUGGAGCCAGGCUCUGGAGCCAUCCCGGAGCUCCACGGGUCACGCUGUCUCCUGCUGUUGGGGUUCCGUGGGGAGCUGCGGAGACUCUUGGCCCUGGCGGGUCCUGCGUUCCUGGCCCAGUUGAUGGUGUUUCUGAUUAAUUUCAUAAGCUCUGUGUUUUGCGGCCAUCUGGGGAAGCUGGAAUUGGAUGCUGUCACACUUGCUAUUGCGGUUAUCAACGUGACUGGCAUUUCAGUGGGAUUUGGAUUAUCUUCUGCUUGUGACACCCUCAUCUCCCAGACUUACGGGAGCCGUAACCUGAAGUACGUGGGUGUCAUCCUACAGAGAGGCAUGCUCAUCCUGCUGCUCUCCUGCUUCCCCUGCUGGGCACUUUUCCUCAACACUGAGCUGAUGCUCCUGCUCUUUCGUCAGGAUCCUGUUGUGUCCAGGCUUACCCAAACCUAUGUCAUGAUCUUCAUGUCAGCUCUUCCUGCAACCUUUCUUUAUACAUUACAAGUUAAAUAUUUGCUCAAUCAGGGAAUCAUACUGCCUCAAAUCAUAACUGGAGUCACAGCCAACCUUGUCAAUGUCCUCACCAACUAUCUGUUUCUCCAUCAGCUGGGCCUUGGAGUGAUGGGUUCUGCACUGGCAAAUGCUAUUUCCCAAUUUACCCUGGCUCGCCUCCUCUUUUCCUGCAUCCUUUGGAGAAAAUUACAUCAAGCUACAUGGGGAGGGUGGUCCUUUGAAUGCCUACAGGACUGGGCUUCCUUCUUCCACCUGGCCAUCCCCAGCAUGCUUAUGCUGUGCAUCGAAUGGUGGGCCUAUCAGAUCGGGAGCUUCCUCAGCGGUAUCCUCGGCAUGGUAGAGCUGGGAGCACAGUCUAUUGUGUAUGAACUGUCUGUCAUCGUGUAUAUGAUACCUACAGGUUUCAGCGUGGCUGCCAGUGUCCGGGUUGGAAAUGCUCUGGGGGCUGGAGACAUUAAGCAGGCAAAGAAAUCUGCUGUGGCCAUGCUGAUCACAGAACUCUUUGCUAUUAUCUUUUGCAUCCUGUUGUCAAGCAGUAAGGAUCUUGUAGGAUAUAUUUUCACUACUGACAGAGAAAUCAUUGCUCUGGCGGUUCAAGUUGUUCCAAUUUAUGCUGUUUCCCACCUCUUUGAAGGUCUUGCAUGCACUUGUGGUGGAAUUCUGCGAGGAAGUGGAAAUCAGAGAGUUGGAGCCAUUGUUAAUGCCAUUGGAUAUUAUGUGAUCGGCCUUCCUAUUGGUAUUUCACUAAUAUUUGCAGCCAAACUUGGAGUAUUAGGUCUGUGGUCAGGGAUCAUCAUCUGUGUGGUCUUCCAAGCUGCAUGUUUUGUAGGCUUUAUCACUCAGCUAAACUGGAAGAAAGCCUGUCAAAAGGCUCAAGUACAUGCCAAUUUGAAACAAAAAAUGGCGCUGGACAGGAGUUCUGCUGCCUUUCAGGACCUGCUUUAUCCAGGUGCAGUUGAACAGACUGACAUAGGUGGAGCUGGAGGUGGCACUUGUGUGAUACAGCAGAUUUGCUGCUGUGAAUCCCCACUUACUAGGGCAAUAAUGUUUAGAAAUAAAUGA